GGAAAACUUGUAAUGUCCAUCCAUAUCAAAAAUGAAUCCCUGGCAUCAGGGCUUCGCAAAAUCCCAUUGUGUGCUUGGACAAUUCCCCAUGAAAGCAGUACCACGAGGUCAAAAGUGGAUAUUUACAUUGUACAGCACAAUAUGCCUCGCGCGGUCUAGGCUGCUACGAACGGCGUAUCCCGGCUUCUCAAGUUGCACGGAACUUUUUGACUCGACUAGGUGGAUGGAUGUGCGUGGUCCAAUACAACAGCAUAUAACAGGCGAGAUUCCGCAUCCUGAGGUAAUGGAGUUCUCCCUGGCUAUCAGUAGAUCGUAAACAAAACCCUCUGGUUUCAGCAUUUCUCUAUCAAACAAGAAGAUCACUUAUGGUGUAUCAAUCGCUCCAAAACCAUCGCACGUCAUACAUACUAUCUGUUUAGGAAUCCACCCACAGCCUCCCCACCCAUUCCAGAAUGAACAUAUUCAACGGUGCUGGUUCUUUGCCAAUUCACACUUUCCCAUCUCAAAUCUCCAUUGUGGACAUCUUCCUCCCCGGAUUUACCGCCAUCUCCGCAUCCAUACGACAGGUCCUAGCUGGGAACCUGAACAGCGCCCACCUGCUGUGCCUCUGCGGGGCGCUCCUGCUCUUGGCUAGAUAUGUGUACCGUUACCUGACGGACAUUGUGGAGAUCCAUUUCACUUCGAUAACAAACGUCCUUUACUACGACGAAGCACAUGAUAUGCUUAAAACCUGGGUAUCGGACCAGCCAUUCGCGCGCAAGGCUCGCUCCUCUAUUGUCAGCGUUGGAUAUGCCGAUGACCAUUCAAAUGCGCAUGCCAAAAAUCCUUUACGUUUUUCACCUUAUAAUGGUUCGUUUUUCUUUUGGUACGGGAACCAUCUGCUCCGGCUCCGGUGUGAACAGAAAGACAGCAGCUCCGGCGAGCGAGAAGAGGUGUCCGUCUCCUGCUUCGGCCGAUCUCCAGAAAUUUUGAGAGAGUUCUUCAGUGAUUGUCGAACCGAGUAUCUAAAGGCCAUUCAGAAAAAGACUUCCGUGUUUGAGCAUCGAGAUGGUGAGAACUUUAGACAUUAUGCCAACUGGCGAUUGAGCCAGUUCAACGUCACAAAGCAGAGCACUAUCUGGGUGGAGUGGAAAUUCCUCCGAUUGCUCUACAAGAGAGUCGCUGGAAAGAAAAUGGAUGAGAUUGUUGGGGAGCAGGUCAGUGAGUUUAUCCUGGGACCGUUGACGGAUGAAUACAGCCUAGAUCUCUCGGUCGAAUGCAAGCCCACCCUCAGCGUUGAGGAUCUGCUGUCCGUCCUCCACUACCACUGGUGCUUGGACACGUCGGCGGUCCCACACGAGCGGUAUACAGUGCAGCUGCCGCUGCUGAUGCUGAUGGCGCCUACACGUCUUCUCGUCCAGGAGCGCUCAUCGAGAGCGGCUGCGUUCGGGGCUCCAACAACGCUCUGCGGUACCGGGACGUGGUGCUCCGUGUCAUCCCCAAUCCGGAGGAACCAGGGCGUCACGUUCUGGUCAUGGAGGUGA